CAUGCCGUGGUGCAGGAUGUUGUGGUGUCUGAAGCAUCUGAGGUGUCGGAGCCAGACGUGAAGAGCGAGGAGGUGGUGGUCCAGGACACAACCAAGAUGCAUUCUGCGCAUCAACCAGAGACCAAGGCCGAGGAGGUGCUGGUCCGGGAUACGGACACAAAUGUUGUGGUGUCAGAACUACAAGCAAAGAGUGAGGUGUCAUGGUCUCGUGAGGCAGGUGGUGCGCAUACUACAGAGGCACAAUGUUUCUGCUUGUUUACCAUCCAUCCCCAACAUUUUGAAGCUGCGAUGUCUCAUUACGCGUGGUGUAAAGAGAUGUAUUCAGCAGAUCAACAAGGCGAACAGAGGCAAACUUACCCCGGAGGAACUGAAAGAGAGACAGGGCAAAGCUAUGCAGGACCCUGAAAUGCAGAACAUCCUGACGGACCCUGUGAUGCGGCAGGUGUUGAUUGAUUUCCAGGAGAAUCCAAGGGCUGCCUAGGAUGGCUCGGGAGCACGAACGCAACGGCGGACGCGAUUGGGCAUCGUUGGGUUCAGUGAUUGGAGACGUGGCCAUUCAUCCCCGACGGAUCUAUGCUGCCACAGCCUGAGAAAGCGUAUAGAAGGGAGGGUACGGACGAGCACCUAUAGGACAACCCGCCAUCACGACCAGCGAUUGUCCACUCCGACAAUAUCCCUGUGGUCAUAGUCGAAUCCUCCUGUCCUCUCGCGCCGUGUAUAGUCAGACUUAUUUGCAUGCACCAUAGGUUUUAUGAACAUGGAGGUGUAGUCAUCCGAGGUGCAGAAGCUCCAUCACCUAGCUCUACCUCCUCCACUACGCUGACAAGUAAGCUAGGCCCUUCUCAUCUACAUUGCUUCCUCCCUGCCUGUGAUUUAUUACUUCGAGCCUGCUGUUGUUUUAUCAUAUAUACAGACCUAUCUAUGUUUAAGUGUGACCAUUAGCUUAUGGAACAGGAGAAACAAAGUGUUCUUUAGCAGAUGCAAACCUUUCCAUGCUAGAAUUGGACCAAGAAUUACUUGUGUUGCCUGUUUGGUAUGUAUAAACAUAAUUUUCUUGGAUGUCAUAGAAAAAUCAUGCUAUAGCAUAAUUUUUAAUAUUUGUAACUUGGAAUAAGAUCAUGAAAGUAAUAGAGCGCUUCUUGAAUGCAUGGAAACAAAAAAAGGAUAUCUCAGAGUCCAUAUGUCAUAUAUUCUGAAACUAGUGCACAUGGAUAUGUAUAUUCUUGGUUAGUUUUUGUUCUGUUUCUGUUGUAUAUGCUCUAAGAGUCUAAAAGAAGAUGGGGUAGCGCUACUUGAUUUCCUGUAAAAUUUCAGUAACAGUUAAGCAAUAGUGACCAUUGAGUCAAAGCUCAUGUCGAUGGUCUAUUAUUGACUGUUGCACUUAUAUAGAGUGCACCCAUAUAAUAUCUGCUGGUUUAUCUGACUUAUUUGAUCUAUAUGUUGUUUUUACGAGCAACAUGAAGAUAAAAACAAUCUCAAUUAAGUUCACACAAUUAUAUAAUUUUGGUUUGCUGAAAGGUAAUGCCAUGUCAUUUCAAUACUACUUAUCUGGUUUGCGUCUGUUAUUUACUGGUCUGUCUUAAAUAAGGAACUAAACUUUUGUGUUGAUUUACUUUUUGAGGACAUUUAGUUAAUGAUUUUCCUUAUGAUCCUUCUCCUUACCAUAAAUUCAACUAAUUUAAGUUUCAUCUUCCAAAGUUGUAUAUACCCCAAAAAGUACCUAGCGAAAAGAAAAUCAGAGAGAUAGACAUUUGAAAAUCAAACCUUUCUGGAAAAAAUUCCAUGUCGACAGUAGGCUUCAUAUAAAUGCAAUAAAUCCAUUAGCUGAUGCGUCCUAUCAUUAGCUCUUAUCAAUAAUUCUAUUAAAUUUUGAAGCUGACCUGUCCGCCCCUUGGCUUUGGUUGCCACAACAACGGAUUGCUUGGAAUACUAAUAGGAUGGCUUGGGAUUUGGGAGUACGAUUCCCAAACGUGUUACUAUCAUAUUUGGCUUGCAUUGGUUGUGCAGGAGGAAGAUGUUGGUUGAUUGGAGUCCCUCGGAGCCUAGCAGUGCUGCUCAGCCCUAUGCAUUCCAUUGGUCGCCUCGGUAGGUAAUUGGGAUCCUCACGCUACCAAUUUGGUCAUCCCUGGGAAACAUCAAGGAGAUGAUGAGACUGCAUCUUGAGAAGAGGCAUUAUUUACAACUCAGUAUUAUGUCAUGCAUGGAAGAAGCACUCGAUCUUAUUACUAACUACUUCCUCUGUACACAAAUAUAGGAUGUUUUAGACUGAACAUAGAAGUCUCUAAAACCUCUUAUAUUAGUGUACAGACGGAGUAAUAACAUGUAAACAGUGUGUUGCGUUCCUAUUUGAUCGUGGAUUUCAAGCAUACUGCUAACAAAAUGUUGGAGAGCUUGGCAGGUUUCAACUAAUUCAAAACAUACCAAUACUAAAUUUCUAGCCUUCAUAUUGCCAUGUAUAUCCCAUAUAAAUUUCUAAUGUUUAUGAUUAGUAUAACUACAUUUAGCAGUUGUUGCGAGCGAAAAACAAUUCGGUAGAGCAAAUUAGUUGUUGUUGGACUCAAAACAGUAGGCGCCAAUUUGCUUUUGUGCAGUGGGUGGGGAGAAAUUAUAUAUGGUAGAAGCCAACCUGGUCGUUUAUGUUAUUUGUUGGAUGACAUUAUUUAUCUGUUUGGUUACUUGUGCAGAACUUUAUUUGAUUGCUGAAAUUGAGCUUGCAUUAGCAGUUUUUCUUUUUGAAUGUAGUCCCGGUAAUUCUUUCAGUUGGGAGAUUAAACCCUAAAUGAGUUAUUAUAUUCUUCAGUGAUUGUUGCUUGACUUUCGCUAGAGAUUUUUUUCACAAGAAAUGGGUGUUUAAAUGAAGGAUUCCAUUCCCCACUUUAAUAAUAUUUGAGGGACUAUAUAUAUUCAUGGUAUAUAUCAAUAUCAUAGAACAUGUUAUAUAUUUUUUGUAUAUAUGGAGAUACUAUUUUCUAUACACAUAGUGGUACUACUGGAGAAAAAGAGUGGUGAAUGCUACAUAUGUAGAGCAAUUGUAAUUUUACCUGAGAAUUGCUUUUCUAUUUAAACAUGAAAUCUGAUUGUUGACAAAAAAUUCUACAAACCCCUUAAUUUAUGGUACACUAAUUUUCCUGCCUGUUAUUUGGUAGGGAUGAGGUGUUCAAGUGUCAAUACUAGAUGUAAGUACUACAAACUACCAAGAUAGCACAUUUUCUGAAUAAAAAGUACAUGUUAUAAUACAUGAAUAAAAGUGUCAUCAUUUCAAA